GAUUGACUUUAUCAGUCCAAGGACAUCAUUCGCUUGGAAAGGGGGGGGAAGUUUGAUCAUCUUUCUCACGGAUCCCAGUUACGGGAGUUUUGCUCCCGUUUACCGAGACCCGGGAUUAUCGUUUCAUUUUGCAAUUCAAGAUUACUUUAUUGAAGUUUACGUGAAAUUGUGCUCAAUUUACCGUUACCCGCUUGACUCCACUAAACUGGGGUUUCUCUCUCUCUUUUUUUCACUUGCUUUUUCUCGAUUGAGCCCAAUGACUAUGCUCCUUGAUAGCGCUCCUCAGUUCCCUUCACUUGGAGUAGGGGGGUUUGGAACACCUAGACACCAUGAUUUGGGAAACCGAGACCCCGGGCUGGGGCUCAGUCCCUUCGCAGAUUCAUCUCACUCGGCUGCCUUCAAGAUAAGUCCGGUUACUCACGAUAUCGCCUCCAGCCAGUCGUCAGCGUUCACCCCGCAAGCUACUGGAUACGCAGCCGCGCUCGGACACCACCACGGAGGACAAGUUGGUUCCUACGCCAGUGGAGCAUUCAAUUCGACCAGGGAAUUUCUCUUCAGAAACAGGGGCGCAGGCAUCGGGGAGACCGCACCGCCGAGUGCCCAGCAUGGAAUCUUUGCAGCUUCGGCGGGGAGUCUACACGGGCCCCCCGGAAUUUCGGACAACCCGGGACAUCUGUUGUUUCCUGGACUUCACGACCAGAGCUUGAGCCACACUUCACCGGGAGGACAUGUUGUAAACAGUCAAAUGCACCUGGGUUUACGCGGGGACAUUUUUGGCCGUCCAGAUCCGUACCGGCCUGUGGCCAGCCCUCGCACGGACCCUUACGCCACCGCUCAGCUCCAUAACUACAACCAUCCCAUCAAUAUGAACAUGGGGAUGAACGUACCCACACACCACGGUCCGGGGGCCUUCUUCAGAUACAUGCGGCAACCAAUUAAGCAAGAAUUGUUUUGUAAGUGGAUAGAUGAGAAUCAGAUGAACAGACCCAAAAAGACUUGUGACAGAACUUUCAGCACAAUGCAUGAAAUGGUGACACAUGUUUCAAUGGAACACGUUGGCGGCCCAGAACAGAGUAGUCACGUUUGCUUCUGGGAGGACUGCCCGAGAGCGGGGAAAUCCUUUAAGGCUAAAUACAAACUCGUGAACCACAUCCGAGUGCACACUGGAGAGAAGCCGUUCCCUUGUCCGUUCCCUGGUUGUGGGAAAAUCUUUGCAAGAUCAGAAAAUCUAAAAAUUCACAAAAGAACUCACACAGGUGAGAAGCCAUUUAAAUGCGACUUCGAAGGCUGCGACAGGCGCUUUGCGAACAGCAGCGACAGGAAAAAGCACAUGCACGUGCACACAUCUGACAAGCCAUAUAUCUGCAAAGUGUGUGACAAGUCCUAUACACACCCCAGCUCUCUCAGGAAACACAUGAAGGUACACGAAUCACAAGGCUCGGAGUCGUCUCCAGCUGCUAGCUCUGGAUACGAGUCCUCCACACCGCCAGUGCUGGUUUCUGCGAACACCGAAGACCCGACAAAAACACCCACGUCUGCAGUGCAAAAUGCAUCUGCACACAGCGAUGGACUACCACCUAAUUUUAACGAAUGGUACGUUUGAAGCUCCAAGCAGACUCUCAAAUGGAGGACCAAAUGGUUGAAGUAACCUUAAAAAAACUAUUUACGCUAUGGCGUACAAAAUGUCAUUGAAACAACAGGAAAAGAUGAGAGUUCGCCAGCAGGCCUCGUCCAUCCUCAGGAUUCGAAAUCUGACUUUAUUCCGAGUUCGGAGAAAACUAUCAAGGCGUAAAAUAACAAAAUAACACUUUCUAAGAAUAAAUGGAUUUCCUUUAGUUUUCAGAUUUCAGAUGAUUAUUUUAUUUUGAAUUUUAUGUAUUUUCUGAAAAAAAAAUAUUUAAAAAUAAUGGCAAAGAAAGAAUAUUUCACUGUGUUUUAUAUUAAGGUGACACUCGCCUUUAAGUUGAUUGUUAAAACUUCAGACAGUCUUAAGAAACGUGCCAAAGUCUUUGUCUUGAACUUGAACAAAAUAAUAAAUCAUAAAUAAGUAUAUAGCCUACUCGUGAAUGUAUUUCCUUGUUUGAUGGAGUCAAAUCUGUUGUCCAAGUCCGUUUUCAGGUGGAGAAAUGUGGUAUUAGCUUACGAUUGUUACCUUUGAAUAUAACGUUGCCUUUGUUGAUAAUGAUGUAUAUACAUAUCCAUGAUGCCAUAUUUAUCAAUUUGUAAUUUAAUUAUCGGCGAAAGAGUCGACUUUUAAAUUAUAUUUAUGGAAAUGUUUUCUAACAAGACUGUACAGUUUGAAUCAAUAACCAGUUUUAACAAUGAAAAAGGGAGUCAUUUCUUAAGUUCCCUCGAUACGAUUGUAUCUUUUUUUAGCCGAUAUAUGUGUGUAAGUAUUAAUUAUAUUAAUAUUAUGACAUGAACUAUAGUUUCAAGCAGGCUAUGCAUUUUCCAACGUAAGUUCAUGUGAGGACCUGUAUAAAAAGAAACAAUAAUAAAACAAAUCCCCUUUAAAUACUGAUGAAUCUGCCAUGUGAGGUUCUUAUCAAAAUGAAUUAUUUUUAACAUUUUUAGCAUCAAAGUAUAGACUACAUCUCUAAGGUAGAUCUAUAAGGAACACUAAAAAUUCAAGAGGCCCACUGACCUGUGUUUUCAUCUACAUGCCACUUUUUGAUCAGAUACACCAUGCAAUAGCAUAGCUCCCAUUCAUGCAUCAACUUUGAACUCGUGUGACAGUGUUAAAGACCAUAUAUUCUUGGGUUUGAGGUACAGCCAUUUGAAUCAGUAUGGAAUUCCAUUUUUGAUGGUUCCCAGAACUGUCUUUGUGGAUGCAAGUCUUUGUUUAAUGUGUCAAAGAGGAGCAAUGAUGUGUCACAACAAUAAUCUCAAAAUAAAACUUUUUGUCUGUCA